GGAAGUGGAGUAAAACCCCAACAGCUCCUGUGAUGCUGAGGAGAGAGCAUCCUCCUGAGCGAGUCUCCUCCGCACACAGGCCGUGUGUUUUACUAGAAUAAACGCUAUGAGGAAAUCUUUCGUCAUAUUUUAAAUCAGCUUAAGCUUCAGUCCCGGUUCCUGCGGUACUUAUGACAUUCUGAGCCCAGCGAUGGUGGAUUUGUCCGAAGCUGGAGCUGUCGUCUCCCCGGGACGCAGCAGACACUCCGGCUCGAGCAACAACGGGAGGAAAACGUCCAAAAAGUCACGGACGAAAAGAGGCAAGCGAGGCAGAAGACGGCGGAGUAAAAAGAACCGAAACAACAAAACCCCGCCGCCGUUUUUACCGCCGGAGGCUGAAGAAGGAAACAUUGAGUAUAAGUUAAAGUUGGUCAAUCCCACUCAGUACCGCUUUGAGCAUCUGGCCACUCAGCUGAAAUGGCGUCUGCAGGAAGGCCGCGGCGAGGCCGUCUACCAGAUCGGAGUGGAAGACAACGGGCUGCUGGUGGGCCUGACUGAGGCUGACAUGAAGGCCUCGCUCAAGACCUUAAGGAGGAUGGCAGAGAAGGUCGGGGCCGACAUCACUCUCCUGCGAGAGCGGGAGGUGGACUACGACCUGGACAGAAACACCAGGAAAAUUGCAGAAGUGCUCGUCCGGAAGGUUCCAGAUGAUCAGCAGUUCCUGGACCUGCGGGUGGCGGUCCUGGGGAAUGUGGACUCGGGGAAGUCCACCCUGCUGGGCGUCUUGACGCAGGGCGAGCUGGAUAACGGGCGAGGCCGUGCGCGGCUCAACCUCUUCAGACACCUGCACGAAAUCCAGACCGGACGCACCUCCAGCAUCAGCUUUGAGAUCCUGGGCUUCAACAGCAAAGGAGAGGUGGUGAACUACAGCGAGUCGCGCACCGCCGAGGAGAUCUGCGAGAGCUCCUCCAAGAUGAUCACGUUCAUCGACCUGGCCGGACACCACAAAUACCUGAAGACCACCAUUUUUGGACUGACCAGCUACUGCCCGGACUUCGCCAUGCUGGUAGUGAGCGCCAACACCGGCAUCGUGGGUACCACGCGGGAGCACCUCGGUCUAGCCAUGGCGCUGAAACUUCCCAUCUUUAUCGUGGUCAGCAAAGUGGACCUUUGCUCUCACGGGACGGUGGAGCGAACGGUCCGGCAGCUGGAGCGGAUUCUGAAGCAGCCCGGCUGCAACAAGGUCCCCAUGGUGGUGUCGAACCCCGACGACGCCGUGACCGCCGCUCAGCAGUUCACCCAGUCCACGUGCGUCACGCCCAUCUUCACCCUGUCGAGUGUUUCUGGAGAGAACCUGGAGCUUCUGAAGGUUUUCCUGAACAUCCUCCCUCCACUCAGCAACAGCAAAGAGCAGGAAGAGCUGAUGCAGCAGCUCACAGAGUUCCAGGUGGAUGAGAUCUACUCGGUUCCUGAUGUUGGGACCGUGGUUGGAGGAACUCUGUACAGCGGGGUGUGUCGGGAGGGCGAGCGGCUGGUGGUGGGGCCAACAGACGAGGGCCGCUUCCUGCGUCUGAAGGUGGGCAGCAUCCAGAGGAACCGCUCGGCCUGCAGAGUCCUGAGGGCAGGCCAGGCCGCCACGCUGGCUCUGGGGAACUUUGACCGCUCACUGCUGCGAAAGGGCAUGGUGAUGGUCAGUCCCAAGAUGAACCCGACCAUCUGCUGCCAGUUCGAAGCCGCCAUCGUCCUUCUCUUCCACGCUAAGACCUUCCGGCGGGGGUCGCAGGUCACAGUACACGUCGGGAACGUCCGACAGACGGCCAUCGUGGAGCGGCUCCACGGGAAGGAGGAGCUGCGGACGGGCGAGAGGGCCGUCGUCCAGUUCCGCUUCAUCAAGCACCCCGAGUACCUGCGGCUCGGAGCCAAGCUGCUGUUCCGGGAGGGCGUCACCAAAGGCAUCGGCCACGUCGCCCGCCUGCUGCCCCCCUCCCAGAACCACGACCAGAACCACGACCAGAACCUGCAGGAGUACUGAAGAGUUUCCUGCUGGAUCUGAUUGGGUUUAUCUUCCUGCAUCAUGCCAGCGUCUUAAUCCGCCUUUCCUGGAUCUUUGCUGUCAUCCUCAUCCUCGCCUGAGGGUCCAGUAAGUCCAUCAUCAUCAUCAUCAUCCUCUCCUUCUCCCCAGCAGGCGCUCGUGUCUCCAGUCAAAUCUGGAUGACCCGUUUGAGGCUUAAUCUGAUGUUGUGCCACAGACUGAUUGAAGAAGCUUCUUGUUUAUGUCGUGAGAAGACGGCGGGAUUAGAGACUUUGACGCAGCGCCGGCCUGUCUUCUGUCGAGGAGAGGAAACGUCUGCAGACUCGAAGUUCAAGGAGUCCGAUUAUCUUCAGAGUGAGAUGAUGCUUCUGCUCACUAAUCUGAGGUGGAUUGCUUUCCUGGUUGAUCUUUUGCCAUCAAAAUUUCAGACCAAUUAUUUUUUUGAGGUUUUUGCUCAUCCUCCAACUCCACGUUCAUUAUUUUUAUCUGAAUGCUGAGAGUUUUAGGUUUUCUCUGAAACACUUCCCGCACUUUCAAAAGUCAUUGAAGCUUUUAUUUUAGGAGCUUAAUAUGUGACGAACUUCAGAAAGUCUAUUUAUUUAGUUCAUCCUCUUCCUCUAAGCACAAGUUUGAACGUCUCACUUUAUUUUGCACAAAUCAAUGGAAGUCAUUCAGGAGUCCAACGUCAGCGAGCAUUUCACUUCCAGGGUUCAUGAUGUUCUCCUCACUGCAUCCGGUCUGGUGUGCAGCUUUGCAGUCUCAUGGUUUUGACUCACUGUAUAUGAGUACUGGACUGAGUAACCCCUCCCCCCUGGUGUUCCAAACAGGAAGUACCUGCUGGCUCCAAGAAGCCAAAAUCCCACAGACUUCUGUAGAGAAAUAAACUGCUGUACUCGGUCAUUCUUACAUUUUUUAAAUAUUCUUUAUAAUUCUUUUUUCUUUUUUUUCUGUUGUUAUUCAAAAAGGUAGGUGGAGCCUGCUGACCCCCACUUCCAAUUGUCAAAACAUUUGUAAGAUUUUGUGUAGUCUGCUCUCUAGUCGAAAGGGUGUGGCCUAUGAACAAGCUCGCUCCUGAUUUGCCAGACUGGUUGCCAUAGAAACAUUGACUCAGAUUGACUUGGAGCGAUCACUAAGUAGCUGCAUUCCCAUUAUACAUCCGUGCAAAACAUUACAAAUUUUGAAAUGUAGAAAAAACAAAUUUUUUAAAAUUAAAUCAUAAUUAUGCAAAUAAAUACAAACCAACUCAUGUGAUAAGUCAUUCAAAAACACUGCAACGGACAGGAUCAGUACUCUGAUUUACAGCAGAUAUAUUCACAUUUCUACUGUGUCACUAGCGCUCAUCAUCUAUCAAAGGAGACGUCAGCGUUGGUCUUAUUCAGGCCGUGGAGCGGCGAGCUGUACGGAGCGACUACAGAUGAAGAGAUUUGGGGAAAUGGUUUUUACAGAGGAGCUGUGGAUCCAACAGUUCUACAUGACACGCUCAACUUUUGAUGGGCUGUGAUGCUGACCUCUAGUCGUGCAGUCACUGUUGGUCAUGUGACUCAUUUAACUUGAAAAGUGUUUCCAUUGCAGUUUAGCUAAACAUGUCCAUUUCAGUGCGCCUCAAAAAUCACCACCUCUAACUGAAAAAAUGUUUUUUCUAUUACUGCUAAAGUUUUUUUUCCAAAUGUUUCCAUCAGGUAAAUUUAUUAUCGCAAAUCAAAUUUGCACAAUUCUAUAGUCAGUGGAAACUCAUUUGGCUCCAACAUGGCGGCGUCUAUAUCGUGAAAAAAUGGCGACUGAAUUGACUUAAUGUGGUUGGAGCCAGAAGUUUCCAGUCCUCAGAUACAGUCAGUGAGUAGAAGGUGUUCAGUUGGAUUUUCAGAGUAAAACUCCUUCCUGUAGUUUUCUUGAUUAAAUAUAACUAUAUUAAAGAGCAGCACAGGGACACCAAACUCAAAAAUGUUGAUUAAAAAAACUAAAUAAAUCUGAAAUAAUUACAUUAUCAAAUUUUUACAUCCAUUCUAACUUUGGUAGCAUUAUUUUGUUAAUCAACCCUAAGAAAUGUGGUAAAAAAAACAUGCAAAAUUGUUGGAUUUUGAAUAAAAUUCUGCUUUUUUUUUUUUGGAGUCCUGAAGUCUCCUGAAGAGUGUUUUCUGAAUGCCAGAAGUUUCUUUCAGAUUUAGAGUUUUGAAGCUCAAUCUAAUCAACAAAAUCGACCCCAUAUCAUGAUACACUCGCCGCAGUUCCCUCCACUCUUCACUCUGAUGAAACCAGAUCUCGACCAUUUAUCACCAUUUAUACUUUCUUAUUACCUCAGUUUCCUUUCCUCGCGCUCUCUAGAUUUGUUUUUCUGAAAGUAUUUCUGGUUUUCUUCACCCUAAACUGAUUUCACUCCCAAUAUCUUUAGUGGAAAUUCAACAUUAAGGGUGUUCACGACUCUACCAGAUUUUUAUAUUAUUUUAUUUAUUUUAUUUUUUGUUUAGAAACGAGAGCACUCAUGGCGUCCCUCAGGGUUUGACACUGACUCGUUCACAGAUGUUUCCGUAUGAGAGCAUGCAGACGUUUCAGCUGCAGAAAUGUUGAUUCAUAGAAGCACAGAAAACAUCAAACUCUUUUAUUAUUAUUAUUAUUUAUUUGGGUGCUGCUCCUCUGAUGUUUGGACGGCCACAUUUUUCCGACCUUCAGUCAUGAAUCCUGCACAUCCUCAACUGAAUUCUUUCUUAUUGUUUUUGAAGUCUUUUUUUUUAGUUUAAAGAAUAAUUUACAGAUUUAGAUGAUAAUUUAUGUGUUAUAAUUCAUAAUUAUCUACUCAAAUCUUUGCAUGAAGCAGCCUCUGGUUAACGUUUCAUCCUGUGAACUUGUGCUGCAGAUAUUUAGUUUUUUUCGAUCAAAGAAUGCCGUGUUUUCUCUCUACAGCCUUACAGUGACAUUAAAAUGCAACUUUAAAAGAAUUGAUACCUGUAUUUAUACAUGACUUCCGUUGAGUUUCCUCCAGUUUGCCUUUCCUGUGAUUUCAAAGAAAUGUUUUUUUUUUUUUUUUUCCACCCAUCAGCCUGCAUGCUCUUUGACCGUCCCACUGCAAAAUGGUGAAGCAUUUAAGAUUUUAGUUUUUUUUCUUUCUGUGCAAUUGUAAACCUAAAUAUUGAAUGUAUCCUCCUUGAUCCCGUGUCGGUUACUGAUCAAACGAGGUUUCUUUGCACUUUGUUCUCUGAGUCUGCAUGUUUGUUGGAGAGCUGUGGUGCAAAAAUAACAAAAUCAGCAAGAAAAUCCUGCAGCUGAAGUGGAUUCGCAAGUUUGCUUUUCCUGUCCGUCCUUUUAUGUCUUCAAUAAACUAAUGAAGUGAAAAAAAA